AUGUCCCGAGCGGGCUUGCAUCCCGGGAGGAGCUUGGCGGGGCCCUGGCUGUGGGGAGUCCAGCCCCGCCCGCCGAUCCCUGCCGGGCCCCGCCGCUCCAGACUGGUGUGGCCGCUGCCGCUGCUGCCGCUACUACUAGCCUCCUUCCUGCCCUCAGCCUGGCCAGCCAGCCUCCUCCCCCGGGAAGAGGAGAUCGUGUUUCCAGAGAAGCUCAACGGCAGCGUCCCUCCUGGCCCGGGUGCCUCUGCCAGGCUCUUAUACCGCUUGCCGGCCUUUGGGGAGACGCUGCUGCUAGAGCUGGAACAGGAUCCCGGCGUGCAGGUCGAGGGGCUGACAGUGCAAUACUUGGGCCGGUCGCCCGAGCUGCUGGGCGGGGCGGAGCCAGGCACCUACCUGACCGGCACUAUCAACGGUGAUCCAGAAUCGGUGGCCUCUCUUCACUGGGAUGGGGGAGCCCUGCUGGGAGUGUUGCAGUAUCGAGGGGUUGAACUUCACCUGGAGCCUCUGGAAGGGGGCUCGCUUAACUCUGCUGGGGGACCUGGAGCUCACAUCCUACGCCGGAAGAGUCCUGCCAGUGGCCAGGGGCCCAUGUGCAACGUCAAGGCCCCUCCCGGGAACCCUGGUCCCGGCCCCCGAAGAGCCAAGCGCUUCGCGUCGCUGAGUAGAUUCGUGGAGACCCUGGUGGUAGCCGACGACAAGAUGGCUGCGUUUCACGGCGCGGGGCUGAAGCGCUACCUGCUGACGGUCAUGGCAGCGGCGGCCAAGGCCUUCAAGCACCCAAGCAUCCGUAACCCCGUCAACCUGGUGGUGACCCGACUGGUGAUUCUGGGGUCAGGCGAGGAGGGGCCCCAGGUUGGGCCCAGUGCUGCCCAGACCCUACGCAGCUUCUGUGCUUGGCAGCGGGGCCUCAACACCCCUAACGACUCGGACCCGGACCACUUUGACACGGCCAUCCUGUUUACCCGGCAGGACCUGUGCGGGGUCUCCACUUGCGACACUCUGGGCAUGGCUGAUGUUGGCACCGUGUGUGACCCUGCUCGGAGCUGUGCUGUGGUGGAGGAUGAUGGACUCCAGUCAGCCUUCACAGCGGCUCAUGAGCUGGGCCAUGUCUUCAACAUGUUACACGACAACUCCAAGCAGUGCACCGAUCUGAAUGGGCACAGUAGUACCUCCCGCCAUGUCAUGGCACCCGUGAUGGCACACGUAGAUCCUGAGGAGCCCUGGUCCCCCUGCAGUGCCCACUUCAUCACCAACUUCCUGGACAAUGGCUACGGACACUGUCUCCUAGACAAGCCGGAGGCUCCCCUGCAUCUGCCGGUGACUUUCCCUGGCAAGGACUAUGACGCCGACCGCCAGUGCCAGCUGACCUUCGGGCCCGACUCACACCAUUGUCCACAGCUGCCACCACCCUGUGCCGCCCUCUGGUGCUCUGGCCACCUCAACGGCCAUGCCAUGUGCCAGACCAAACACUCACCCUGGGCCGAUGGCACCCCUUGCGGACCCGCGCAGGCCUGCAUGGGGGGCCGCUGCCUCCAUGUGGACCAGCUCCAGGAAUUCAAUAUUCCACAGGCUGGUGGCUGGGGCCCCUGGGGACCGUGGGGUGACUGUUCUCGGAGCUGCGGGGGUGGCGUCCAGUUCUCUUCCCGGGACUGUACAAGGCCUGUGCCAAAGAAUGGUGGCAAGUACUGUGAGGGCCGCCGUACCCGCUUCCGCUCCUGCAACACUGAAAAUUGCCCGACCGGCUCAGCACUGACCUUCCGUGAGGAGCAGUGUGCAGCUUACAACCACCGUACUGACCUCUUCAAGAACUUCCCAGGGCCCAUGGACUGGGUCCCUCGCUACACGGGUGUGGCCGCCCGGGACCAGUGCAAACUCACCUGCCAGACCCAAGCACUCGGCUACUACUACGUGCUGGAACCAAGGGUGGUGGACGGGACCCCCUGUUCUCCGGACAGUUCUUCCGUCUGCGUCCAGGGCCGCUGCAUCCAUGCCGGUUGUGACCGCAUCAUCGGCUCCAAGAAGAAGUUUGAUAAGUGCAUGGUGUGUGGCGGUGACGGCUCCAGCUGUAGCAAGCAGUCGGGUUCCUUCAAGAAAUUCAGGUACGGAUACAACAACGUGGUCACCAUCCCGGCGGGAGCCACGCACAUCCUUGUCCGGCAGCAGGGAGCCCCGAGCCCCCGGAGCAUCUACUUGGCCCUGAAGCUCUCCGACGGCUCCUACGCCCUCAACGGUGAAUACACCCUGACACCCUCCGCUACCGACGUGGUGCUGCCCGGAGCCGUCAGCUUGCGCUACAGCGGGGCCACCGCGGCCUCCGAGACGCUGUCGGGCCACGGGCCGCUGGCCCAGCCCUUGACACUGCAGGUCCUGGUGGCCGGCAACCCCCAGAACGCGCGUCUCCGAUACAGCUUCUUCGUGCCCCGGCCGGCCCCUUCCGCGCCGCGUCCCACGCCCCAGGACUGGCUGCACCGCAGGGCACAAAUUCUGGAGAUCCUCCGGCGGCGCUCCUGGGCAGGCAGAAAAUAA